GGUGGAAAUAAUGCUGGGCACACUGUAGUGGUUGAGGGCACUGAAUUCGAUUUCCAUUUACUGCCCAGCGGGAUAAUCAACAAAGACUGUAUUUCUAUUAUUGGGAAUGGUGUUGUCAUUCACUUGCCUGGUUUAUUUGAGGAAUUGGAAAAAAAUGAGAAGAAAGGUCUAAGUGGUUGGGAAUCCCGUCUUGUAAUAUCAGAUCGGGCACAUCUUGUAUUCGACAUGCAUCAGCAAGUCGACGGCAUGCAGGAAUCAGAAAAGGGUGGAUUGACCAUUGGCACAACCAAAAAAGGCAUUGGCCCGACAUACUCUUCUAAGGCAACCCGUAAUGGAUUGAGAGUGGGUGAUUUAUUGGGAGAUUAUGAUUUGUUCAGCCGAAAAUUUAGGCAGUUGGCUGCUUUGUACCAAAGAAUGUUUCCAAGUCUUGAAAUUGACGUGGAAGGGGAAUUGAAAAGGUAUCGCGAAUUUGCAGUCAAAUUGCGACCGUUUGUUAAGGAAUCUGUAUCGUAUUUGCACAACUUAUUAUUAGAAGGCAAGAAAGUUUUAGUCGAAGGAGCUAAUGCUGCUAUGUUAGACAUUGAUUUUGGUACCUACCCAUAUGUAACAUCGUCUAACUGUAGUAUAGGAGGUGUAGUGACUGGCUUAGGUUUGCCUCCUCGGAACAUUGGUGAUAUUGUGGGUGUAGUGAAAGCUUAUACAACUAGAGUGGGUGAUGGUCCAUUUCCUACUGAAUUGCAUGAUGAAAUUGGAGAACUUCUCCAAACUCGGGGUGGAGAAAUUGGUGUAACAACGAAAAGGAAGCGAAGAUGUGGAUGGCUUGACCUGGCCUUAUUGCAUUAUACCUCAAUGGUCAAUGGAUAUACAAUGUUGUGUGUUACGAAGCUAGAUAUAUUAGAUACGUUACCAGAAAUUUUAAUAGGUGUAAACUACAAGAUAAACGGUGUUGUUAUUGAUCAUUUCCCUUCCACUUGCCAAGAAUUGGAAUCUGUAGAGGUGGAAUAUAUAACUAUGCCUGGUUGGCAAACUAGUACCGCAGAUGUUAGAGAGUUUAAAAAUCUGCCUGAGGCCGCUAAGAAGUAUAUCAAACGAAUUGAAGAAGAAUUAGAUAUUCCAGUGCGAUGGAUUGGUGUUGGCAAAGGCAGGGAAUCAAUAAUCAAUCUCUUUUAAAAUAAAUUUUCACUAGUUGAAGAAGCUAUGAACUGAAAUGCACAAAAAGAUAUUUCAAGGAUUAUUUUUCCGUCCAUACAUAUUGGAAAAUAACCAAAAAUUAAUCAUAGAUUGGAUGCUGAUUAUUUCUUCAACAAUUGAAACUUUUUGUGCAGAUACGAGUAUCAAUUUUAAUUGUUAUUGUUAUACUGUAUAUAAAUAUUGUUGUAACUGUUACAGAUUACUAUUACAUUUUAAAUUGAAUCUCUUAUCAUAUUUUUUUAUCAACAUUUUACAAUCAAGUGUGUGAUGAAUCACAUACUAAUUUAAACCAGUCAUAUGUAUUUUUAUAAAAGUUUUAUAAUUUUCUGUAAUAUAUUUUGUGAUUUUAAUAAUUAAUAAUAUUCUGAUGCAGUAUUCGAACAAUAUUUAUGGACAUACCUGUUUGCAAAUAAAAAACUUUACGAUCUACAUUUAGUGCAAGUACUUACAAGAAAUAAAUGCGCAACAAUACAAUACAAUAAAUUAGUUUGUAAAUACUUUUUUACAAAUAUAUUUUGUAAUAGUGGUAUAUCUCUAAAAUGCAUUUUUAUCAAAAUCUGUUAUUUUAAGGCUCAUUGUUUGACUGCAUUUUAUUCAAAAUAAAAUUCACUUAAUAAUAAAAUGCUGUGAUACAACUGGGCCUCUUAGUACUUCAUAAUAAUUUAUCAGAAGCAUACCUGUGAGCUACAUGUGUAAUUACUAUUUUUUAAAUUUCAUAUUGUACCUAUAUAUACUAUACCUCCUCAAAAAAUGUUACAGUUCAAUUAUGUUACAUAUACAAAUACAGAAAUUAC